GCAGCCCGCGGGACCCCGGCAAAGAAGCUGGGGCGGUGCAGGAGCGCGAGCGCGGGAGUUAGCCGUGCAGCCAUGGUGGGACACCUGAGCGAGGGGGCCAUUGCGGCCAUAAUGCAGCAGGGAGAUACAUCCAUAAAACCCGUUCUUCAAGUCAUUAACAUCCGUCCCAUUACUACAGGGAAUAGUCCACCGCGGUAUCGACUGCUUAUGAGUGAUGGGUUGAACACACUUUCCUCCUUCAUGCUGGCCACGCAGCUGAACGCCCUGGUCGAGGGGGGCGAACUGGCCAGCAACUGUGUCUGCCAGGUCCAACGCUUCAUCGUCAACACCCUGAAGGACGGAAGGAGAGUAGUUAUUUUGAUGGAUUUGGAAGUUGUGAAAUCUGCUGGCGAAGUUGGAGUAAAGAUUGGGAAUCCAGUGCCCUAUAAUGAAGGACAUGCGCAGCAGCAAGCAGUCUCUGCCCCAGCCUCUGCAGUGACACCACCAGCCAGCAAGCCCCAACCUCAGAAUGGGAGCUUGGGAGUGGGUUCCACUGUAGCUAAGGCGUACGGGGCCCCAAAGCCGUUUGGAAAGCCUGCUGGAACUGGCCUGCUGCAGCCUACCAGUGGGACACAGUCCAAAGUGGUGCCCAUCGCCAGCCUCACCCCUUACCAAUCCAAGUGGACGAUUUGUGCCCGUGUCACCAACAAAAGUCAGAUCCGUACCUGGAGCAAUUCCCGUGGGGAAGGAAAGCUCUUCUCUAUAGAACUUGUGGAUGAAAGUGGUGAAAUCAGAGCUACGGCUUUCAAUGAGCAGGUGGACAAGUUCUUUCCCCUUAUUGAAGUGAACAAGGUGUAUUACUUCUCCAAGGGCACUCUGAAAAUCGCUAACAAACAGUUCUCGGCUGUUAAAAAUGACUAUGAAAUGACCUUCAAUAAUGAGACGUCUGUCCUUCCCUGCGAAGAUGGCCAUCACUUACCCACAGUUCAGUUUGACUUCACAGGGAUCGGUGACCUAGAGAGCAAGUCUAAAGACUCACUUGUAGACAUAAUUGGAAUCUGCAAGAGCUAUGAAGAUGCGACUAAAAUCACAGUGAAGUCUAACAACAGAGAAGUUGCUAAGAGAAAUAUCUGUUUGAUGGACAUGUCAGGGAAAGUGGUGACUGCGACGCUGUGGGGAGAGGACGCUGACAAGUUUGACGGUUCUAGGCAGCCUGUGAUGGCCAUCAAAGGAGCCCGAGUGUCCGACUUUGGUGGGCGGAGCCUCUCCGUCCUAUCGUCUAGCACUGUCCUUGUGAAUCCUGACAUCCCAGAGGCCUAUAAGCUCCGUGGAUGGUUUGACUCAGAAGGACAAGCCUUAGAUGGAGUUUCCAUCUCUGAUCUCAGGAGUGGAGGGACCGGAGGGAGCAACACCAACUGGAAAACUUUGUAUGAAGCUAAAUCCGAGAACCUGGGCCAGGGCGACAAGGCGGACUAUUUCAGCACUGUGGCAACAGUGGUGUUUCUUCGCAAAGAGAACUGUAUGUACCAGGCCUGCCCGACCCAGGACUGCAAUAAGAAAGUGAUUGACCAGCAGAAUGGGUUGUACCGCUGUGAGAAGUGUGACCGGGAAUUUCCCAAUUUCAAAUACCGCAUGAUCUUAUCGGUAAAUAUUGCAGAUUUUCAGGAGAAUCAGUGGGUGACAUGUUUCCAGGAGUCCGCGGAGGCCAUUCUUGGACAGAACACUGUGUACCUUGGGGAACUCAAAGAGAAGAACGAGCAGGCGUUUGAAGAGGUUUUCCAGAAUGCCAACUUCCGAUCAUUUACAUUCAGAAUCAGAGUCAAGCUGGAGACCUACAAUGAUGAAUCUCGAAUUAAGGCCACUGUGAUAGACGUGAAGCCCGUGGACUACAGAGACUAUAGCAAAAGGCUGAUCAUGAACAUCAGGAAGAACAUUUGAUGUGAGCAAGUACUGCUGGUGGAUGGAGAGGAAAGAACGGAAAUAGAAUGGCUUCCUUCCCACCCCCACCCUAUGCGACAGCCCCACAAUGAUAAUGAAGAUCCUCAGGAGAGACUGGCAACCUUCUGCACCCCUUUUGGGACUCCUUGAUAGGCAAAAGGCAACGAGCUUAGAGGGCUGUUCUAGACCUUCAUGAAGUGCCAGCUCUCGGCUGGCAGGUAGCUAGCAGCAGUCCCUCCUGUCUCCAGCUUUGUCGGUCACGCAGGAAUUAUGUCACAGGUCAUUGACCCCACUCUGGAUAAUGAGGUGAAUUAUAUGACCUGAAGUUUGCUUUUCCAGUGGUGGCACCUUUUUGUCUUGGGUUCCUCCUGGAGGCAGUAAGAGCGGGGAAGAACCCAGGUGUUUAGAGGGUGUGUCUGCCUAUAAUCAAAGGCUCCAUUUUGCAGAGGUACCACAUGCUUGUUAAUGCUUGGAAUGGCAGAGGGUGGAAUUAUUAAUCAAAGGCCUAUCAUUAAUAUCUGAAUAUCCUUCAGGGUCUAAUGGGUUUAAUAGACUGAGUCAGAUGCAUCUGAUAUUAAUCAAAAUUGUCUCUUCUGAGGAUGGCUGAUAAGCAUUGACUUGCUGUCCCCUUGGGGAAAAGCAAACCCCAAAUUGCAUAAUUUACCUCAUUAUCCACAGAGUGGGGUCGGUUACUGGUGAUAUAGUUCCUGUGUGAAGAUAACAGAAUCUUGGUAAAUCCGACAAAGCCAGAGACAGAGGAGGGACUGGGACAUCCAGGCCACGGCAGAGCACUGCUGGGGUGUUUCCUCAGUUAAUGUUAGGUUUGGUUACCAGAUGGCCCUGGACCUUUAUUAGAGCUCUGUUAAAUAGAGAGAGUUUAAGAAAGACGCCCUUUGUUUCCCUUGCUUUAUUUGAAUAAACAGUGUAUCUGUGGAUCCUA